UGAGCACUAAUGGACAUGAUGGAGCUCAGUUUCAACUUAUAGAUGAAUCAGAUCAUAGAUUAAAGAUGUACAGUUGUUAAUCUGACAGCAAAUCACCAAUACAGUAUGAGAAACACAUAUUAUUCCGCAUCAAAAUAUAGCACUACUUUCUGAUGUAAACAAGGAAGUGGUGAACUGAAAAAUAAUAUAUCAAAGUCAGUUUACCAGGGAACUUGACAGGCUCAAAAAUUCUGUAAAACAUACCUUGACAUCUAUGAUGAUUAUUCACAGUGAUUAUUAGGCUAUCUGAAACAUGUGUCAUAGGCAAAAUUAAAGUAUUGGAAAGGUUUACAGCUGUAACUUGCACAGCUUCCUCUGUGUGCAAGUAGAUGCACUAUCUAGGGAAUCUAGGCUAACAAUGACUGAGGAAUCCAUCUGAAUUAUAAAUGUCUAUGAAUACUGAAUAACACCACUAUACAAUACAAAGACUUGUAUACUUUACCACUACUUUUAAGAUGGAUCCAAGAUUACUAGGCUGUAUGUAUGAAAAAUUGGACGUAAGAAAAAAGUUCCUAAUGGCAGUUACUACUGGAAAUGUAGCGUGCAUCCAGGAACUCAUACGUGAUGGCGUAGACCCAAACAUGGCCGUUCAAGUCCAUGGUGAGAACCGCCCUAUUCAUAUUGCAGCUCACCAAGGUUAUCAUCAGUGUAUUGAUAUCCUUAUUGAAGCUGGGGCAGAUACCAAUCAGCCAAAUGAUUUUGGUAUCACUCCAUUAGAAAUUCACGUACGCAAUGAUAAACUAGCCAGUAACCAUCUGAAGGCAACUCAAUCUUUACUUCUUGGAAAGGCAUCAAUAAGCAAGAAAACAUUUCAGAUUCCGUGUCAUAGAGAUAUCACGAAGAUGCUUCUUUGUGCAAGCACACAUAAACUAACAUCAAUUCUACAAAUAAUACCAACAAGAACAAGUCGGUAUGCAAACAAUUCAAUAAAUGUCCCUGGAUUUGAGUUUGACUUAGAACGUCACAUUAUUGAGAAUUUACCAAACGUCGUGAAGCAAUACACAGAAGAGUCGCAUAAAACCAACAUACUUAAAGUGUAUCUAAUGACGGGAAAUAAACUGUCUAAUGCUGAGGUUGAAUUUGCUAAAACCAAAUCGGAAAAUACUGACAUGUUGAACUACAUUAUGGAGUCUCAUACCAAACCACCCAGUUUGCAACAUAUUGCAAGACUUGUCAUAAGGUGGACACUGAAGUACAAUACUUUCUAUUCAGUGACCAAAUUACCUUUACCAGCAAAACUUCAAGAGUUCUUGAAUUUUAGGGAUGAAUUAGAUCUUGUUGAUUUAACAAACUUGAUCAUUUGAUGCUAUGCAAUACACUUUUCAUCUUCUUGCUGCCAAGAUGAUACAUAAUUUAAAACAAGAAAGUCUUGUAUUGUAAUGAACUUCGAUACCAAGUCGCUACUACAGUGGUUGGGUUCGAUUCCCGUACUGGGCAUUGAAUUUAGCACACUCCCUUUCAAGUCUAUAGUGUCUGGC